CAAAUCAAACUUAAAACAAAAGAGAAGAACAAAAAAAAUGAAGCAAUUACUUGUUCUAUCUAAUGUAUUACUACUUCUAUCCACAUGCGAUGCCGCUGCAUUCAUGUCGCCGUCAGAGUCACCUGUGUCCUCUCCAUCUGAACCAUCAAACAAUGAUUGUUCCACAGUAGUUUACGGCAUGUUUGAUUGUCUUUCCUUUUUGACAGUUGGAUCAACUGAUCUUAGUCCUACUAAAACAUGCUGCGAAGGGGUUAAAAUUGUUCUUGAAUAUAACUCUAGCUGUCUAUGCGUUGCGUUGGAGAGUAGUCGUGCAAUGGGGUUUGAUUUGAUUAACAAUAGAGCUCUUGCAAUGCCUUCUACUUGUAACAUCCCCAUCGAUCCUCAUUGUGUAUCUCCUUCGAAACCACCGACAACUACACCAUCUUCCGGUUCAUCCCCCUCAAUAUCCACAACAUCACCGUCUGUUCCUUCACCUGCAUGUAGCCAUUCAUCUGCGGCUAAACCCGGUUCAUCACCAACAAUUAUACAAUCACCACCGACACUUGCUGCUCCGUCACCUGCUAUGUUUGCUCCUUCGCCAUCUAAAUCUGGAAUGGAAAAUAUGUCCGUAUCAAAACUCUUCCUAAUCGUCAUGAUGAUUUCUUCUUUUGUUUAUCUUUUAGCGUAGUUUUUUUUAUCCUUCCAUUUAAUUCAGUUGAAAUAUUAUUCUGUUAUUGUUUCAUGGAUUUGGGGAGAAAUAAAUUGGGGAUGGUUAUGGUUUUCAAUUCUCGAUAUAGUUACCGAUUUUGAUUUCUU